CUUAUUGAGGUUCUUCUGGUGUUGCAAAAUCUCCAGGAUGCUGGAGAAGAUGAAUACAAAGCAGAACGUGCUUUUUACCACUAUAUGGGGGACUUGCAAAAAACGAAAGACCAUUUGGCAGCAGCAAAACAGCUGUGUGAUCUAGGUUUUGAGGAUGAAAGAAUAGUCGAUGCUCUCUUAAAACAUGAUAACGACAGAGACAAGGCCCUGGAAGAGCUCAUAGCCUAGAGUCCACCAGUGUCUUCCUUUUAUAUACCACAUUGUGAUGAGGUCAGCUGAGUUUUACUAGCCAUAUUGUGUGUGCAAGUGUAGAGAAUGUAAGAUUUUGAGCCACAGAUUAGGUUUAUAAUAAUCCUAAUGUUUUUGGUCAAUGUCUUUAUGAAGGAGCCUUUUCCAAGAACAUGGUUGUUCAUUAUCAGUGUUAGAAUGUUUCUGAUAUAUUUUUUAGAAAUAACUUUCUUUUCUUUUUUUUUCAAAGAAAAAGAGUUAAAAGAGUAGUAUUUUGUAAUCUCUAAAUCAGAUUGAAUCACUACCCAUUCAUAGCUAAGGAAGACUUGAUAGUGUGAUACAAAAGUUACAAGACCGAUGUAUCCUUCUAAAUUUCCCAUCUACGUUGUUUCUCUCGACAUUUGAUCCAAAGACUGCCAGAUCUUGAAGACUGGAAAGAACUAGAAUGAUCAUGUGUAAACCAUCAUACUGUCUGUUAUGAUGGACUAGGUAUAGUUAAUAACUAACCAAAGAAAAGGGAAUGAUCUCCAUGAAGAUGGCUUGAUAAAGUAUCUGUCCCUUAGGUUACAAAGUAAUCAUCUAUCACAAAUUUGUUUUAUUCUAUAUCUUCAAAAUAAUUAUUUGAAUAUAUGAGAUCCUUAUGGAAAGGUAAUAUACAAGUGGGAACUACAUACAUCUGCAAAGUUGAUGUUUUAUAGGGUCAUAGGAGAAUAAUAUUCAAAUCUCAACCUAUAUGUAUAAUCAAUAAAAAAUAUUUGUAGCAUUUUGUGACUUAUAUUGGUUUAACUAAUGUUAUGGAAAAAUGUCUAGUAGGCUUUCCUUCCAUUGAAAUUUUACAUCAUGUCGGAUGUCACCUUACAUUUAGGUACCAUUGACUUGCUUCCACAUAUUCCUUGUCCAAUAAAAAUAUUACAGGAGGACAUGUUUAAGAACAAGUUGAGAAGAGUUGUGAAUUUAAUAAACAGCGCUAUCAUAUUAUGGUUCCAUUAUCUAACACCAUCAGCAUAUACAUUGCUAGAAACGAAUGAAACAAAACGGCAAGUGAUCAACUCUAUGUAGGAAAUACAUUUAAGUAUUGCCUGGCAGCUGUUGAAUGUGGUAGGGAGUGCUGAUUGCAUGUCAAAGGGAUCUAAAAGUAUCCUAAAGUAUUGGAUUGUAUAGCUGGUAAGGAUGGACAUGAAUCAAGAUGUGUGCCAUUAUUGGAAUAUAAAAUUCUUGAUAUUGGAUGUGGAAUAAUGGUUGCACAUUGGAAACCUUUUAGAAAAAAAAUAUAAGCAAACAGUUGGUUAGACCUCUGUAACCUAACUCAUCUCUGAGAGAGGGAGAGAUUAAGAAACAGAAAGCCAGAGCUGUCAGUACAUUUAUGUUUGUGUUUGUGUGCAUAUACCUAUGUGUGUAUGUUUCACUUCCAUUUUUCACUUGUCACAAACAGUGCGGGUAAUUUAUGUGUAGGAUAAUUAUUGUAUAUGAUAACUGCUUGGAAUGUAGCUUCCACUCAUAUUUCUUGUAGUAAGAAAUGGGUGUGAUGAUGUGAAGGUUCUAUUAGGUUUUUGAAGUACGAAUUAGUCAAGGACAUGUCAUCUUGUAACUUCUAACACUUGUCAUGUCAUCAGCUGGAGAAUGCUUGUAGCAUUAACAUGUUUGUAUUUGUUAUAAGAAGUAAAAAGAUUAAAUGAUAAAUCACAUGGUCAUUCAGUCUCUUUUUUGAGUAAAUGAAAUAGAGGUUGAUUAAAAUCUUUUCCACUCUCAUAUCUUUUUUAUCGUCUUGCAGCUGUGAUAGAUCCCCCACCCCACCCCACCCCAGAUACCAAGAUUCAACAAAAAAUUACAAAAAAAAAAAAAAAAAAAAAAAAAAAAUUGUGAUGCAAUAUUCUGGUUAAGAUUAAUUGAAAAGUUGGGUUUCAUUUUUGUGUUAAUAGAAAGUCAAGACAGAAUGAAUCUAUAUAAAUAGCAAUCAUAUUCCUGUUCCUUCUUUCUUAAAAGUGACCUCCACCUACCUUCUUGAAAUUUCAUUUUUCAGUUACAAUCUCCAGAAAUGUGAAAUAUUCUGCUAUUACUUCUUUCACUUUCUUUAGAGAAAAGCUUAGUUGGUUAUCCAUCACUUCAUGUUCACCAUCAUCAUUGUGCCAUGUAAUAAAGAAAACAGUAACACUAAUCUACAGAUUUAAUUAUCCUAAAGUGUUAUGUGCAUAUUGAUCUGCAUAGGAUUUUGGUAUUUUUUCCGUUCCAUAUUUCAGCUAAGAAAUGUUCUUUAACCCAUCGGCAGAAGUUACAUGUAUUGUCGAAAGUGGUUUUGUUUUAUUGUUUUUGUUUACACAGGUGGCUUCACAAAUGCUUAUUCACCAAGGAGUUACAAUCUCUAGGCCUACCUGAUCUCAUCUGUUUCCUUCCGUUCCUUGAAUUUUCAUUACGGGUUUUUAUAUUUCUAUUGAUUUUAUUAUUGUAAUUACCAGUAUGAUUGUGAUAUUUUCAUUAAUAAUGAUAAUGAUGAUAAAAUUAAAACUUUUCUUUCUCAAAAUUCAAGGAAUGGGAUAACUAAAGAUGGGUAAGGAAGUGAUGAUUAAUCUCUUUGAGUCCUGUUUGUCCCAAUCAUUGCAAUUCACAUUAUGUGCAGGCUAUACUGUUUGUCACAAUCAUACAAGGCCUGUUCAAAACUGGCAAGCUUUUUUCGUCCUCCGUUUGUCAAUGUUUCCUCAAGCUACACCCAUGGCAUCACCUUGUAGGUCCUUCACUCCUAAAUCUAUUCAUAUAGUUGCAUUUUCCUGCCUGGUUUUUCUUGUAAAUGGAAUGUAGUGGGUGUAAAUUAAUAGUUUGGCUACUGUACAGCAUAUUUCAUUCAGCCAAACCCCCAUCUAUUCCUCUCCCCCAAUCUCCCCCUCCCACACACACCAUAGCUCUGCACAUCACACGGUUGUCUCACAGUAUAUUAUGUUUUUUUUUUUACUGUACAGACUUGUAGAUGCUUAUGAAUACAUCUAAACACAUAUUCUAUUGUUUUCUAUGAUAUGAAUAUAAUUUUAUUGCCUUA